UUUACACACCAUUCGCACUCUUGCUGGGAAUCGUUGUGACAAUUGUUUUAUUUAAAUGUUACUAUAGAAAACGGAGAUCGCUGAAACCCAGAGUACGAGAAGAAAGCUUCCAUCAUGACAACGCCGUGUACUGGGACCAUGAUGCAGCAUUCCAAUUGGACGGAAUGGUGGAACUAAGAGAACAGAGAAGAACAGAAACUGUAUUCAUUACUGACAGCAGACAUCGGGGUAUACAGACAGACAUAGGUGGAGAUUGCAUACAUAAUUUCGAAAGGACCUACCAACAGGACGAACUAGAUAAUAUGUCACUGGCACCAUUGCCCCCGCCACCACCACCGCCAAUCGAUGAUCCGUUUUCACAAGCAAUGGCACCAAAUCCCCCUAGUCGUAGGUCAAAAGACGACUGUAUCCGAACUGUACCAAGUUACCGGAAAUCAAACAUACCUAGUACCUUACAGAAAACAUGGAUUUUCAACAGUGAAGAUAAAUUAGCAACAAGCGAUCAUUUCCAAGAAAUUCUAGAUGAAGCUUUCCAAGAUCAAAACUCUCCUCUCCAUCAAAGGGAAAGCCAUUAUAUGUCUGUUCCUAGUGUUGUGUUAAUUCCAAAUCCAGAAGAAGGUCCACCAUGUUGUCACGACGUCCGCCAUUCUUAUAUUAACAUUAAAAAACUGGACGGAAACACGAUGUCCGAAAAUAGUCUAAAUAGUUCGCAACAGAUUCUCAUGGACUACGAAAACACAAGGGUUUGGGUCAAAUCAAAGGAAAGUGAUCUUAGUGACGACGAGUCACAUAUUGACUUCCGUGACGCAAAUUUUCAAGACUGUGUGCGAAAUACUUUACAUAGAAAGGAAAUUAAAUCACGUAACAUAUCGGAAGUAGACGAUCAAUACUCAUCUUUCGCUACUCUAUCAGCACCAAAAAAGCCAGAGAGACCACGAACUGGUUACGUCGUUAUGGAGUUGACAGAGGAAGUGAUGUCAUUCCUGAAAGUAAAGGAGAAUAAAGUUGGGAAACCGUUAACUCUGUCUCACGAAAAUAUUCCGCCUGAAAAAAUCUAUUAUGACGACCGCCUGAAAAAUGGAUAUUUAUCGAUGUAUGAGAAUUAAUACUAGUAACCAAAAUGCAGUCAGAAGAUAGUAAAUAAAGCUACAUGUGUAUUUUAGAGUAAACAUAGAUAAGAUAUAUUCAUUUUGAUAUCGGUAACAGAUGUUCGGCUAUACAUGAAUUAUCAUUGAGAAAACAUGAGUUAUGGUUGUUGGGCGUGGCUUUUUGAGAAAACAAGAGUAAAGGUUGUUGGACGUGGCCUUUCUCUAUAACUUUUUGUAUUUCCGUUGUAUCUUCUCAAGUAAUGCCAAAUAAAAUGAAGCCUCAAACUUUUUCCAUAUUUUAUUCCGAUUCAGCACAAUUUUUGACACCUUUUUUAUUUCUUGAGUCUGGUUUAUACUCAAGUGUUUCAUAGAAUUGAGAUUAUCUCAGCUAUACUCACAUACCAUCUGGGUUUUAAACUUCAAUGUUAUGUGAAUUGGAAAAGGAUUUUAAUGUCAGUAACGAACAUGUCUUAUCAUGAUUGACCGCGUAACAUGAAAGG